CUCAUUGAACGGACGUGAUUGUGCAAACGAAAUUCUUAGCUCUACAACGGCAUUUAACCGUUAAAUAUUACCUGCGUUGAGCUUGUGUUUCAACAUAGCGCGAAAAAAUAUAAAUAUAAAUAUAACAACAAAUCGCUAAGUGCACUUAAAUACAUUAAAAAUAAUAUACUAAUAUUUCUUUGAGAAAGUUCUGAUUAAAGAAAACAAAAAAAAAUUUUCUGCUGUUGAAUUGUGAAACUUGACGUUUAACUACCUCUACCCUCCUCCCCCAGCUGCACUUCAAACAGUAAAUGAAUUUCAAAAUGCGUACCUGCGGCAUGAGUUUAAUCAAAUACAUACUAUUUGGCUUUAAUAUCAUAUUUGCGAUAUCGGGGCUUGGUAUUUUAAUAGCUGGCGCUGUAGUCCUUGCCGAUGUCAACCAAUUCAGUCACUUUAUUGAGGGCCGAGUGACGGCUCCACCGAUUGUACUGAUUAUAACUGGAUUAGUCAUAUUUCUGAUUGCAUCGUUGGGUUGUUUUGGCGCAAUCAAAGAAUCGCCAACACUGCUACUCACUUACGCUGUAUUGCUAGCCAUUAUCUUCAUUGUCGAAUUAGCUGUGGGCAUUGCGGCAGCAGUCUUCAAAUCGGAUCUCGAAAUGAUGAUUAAGAACUCACUACAAGAAUCUAUAAAACGUUCGAAUCAUGAGGAUAUGAUGGCAUGGGAUAAUGUACAGCGGAAGUUGAUGUGUUGUGGUGUUGAUACUCCUGCCGAUUGGCGUGAGCUCAGCGCCAACAAGACCCUGCCACCAAGCUGCUGUCGUGAAAAGUACAUUGACGAGGCUGUUGGGCACUGCACUGAAUCGUUGGCAUUAGGCGUUGAUAAGUAUUUCCAGGAUGGUUGUGUGGGCAAACUAAGAGAACGAAUUGAUAAAAAUGCCGUAAUUUUGAUUGGUGUCGGUAUUGGCAUCGCUUUCAUACAAAUAUUGGGCAUUAUAUUGGCAUGCUAUCUGGCUUCCACAAUACGUCACGAGCGCAUGAAAUAAAUAUGAGGCAAAUGAGACGGUCACUGUUACAAAAAAAAAACAUUCGAUUUUAAAGAACUAUAAGCAACGCCAUCUUCAUAAGCAAUAUUCCUAAUGGGAGUAAUGAUCAUCAGAUUACCAGCAUUGUGAAGAAGGAGUAUCCAGAAUCAAGAAGGAAUCAAGGCUCCAUGAUUUAAAACCUUCAUUUGCUCAUUCACAUAUUUAAAAACACCGUCCACGACUAUUCUAAAUAUUACUUAAUAUACAUACAAUAAACUUUUUAAUGAAGUGCU